GCGCACAAACACAUUGAUCAACCGCAGCGACAUCCGCGGGCGCACGGCGCUGAUGUACGCGUCCGCCAUUGGCAGUCGAGACAUCGUUGACUACCUCCUUAGCAAGGGAGAGGUGUAUGUGAAUGCCAUGGACGAUACCCAGAAGACCGCACUUCAUCAUGCUGCGAAGUGCUCUAAGGCAGAUAUCCUGCGUUCGCUCCUGCGCGCCGGUGCGAUGAUCGACGCUCGUGAUCACAAUGGCUGCACGGCGCUGAUGUUCGCUGCAGGAACAGGGGAUGUGGAUGGUUUGCAG